CCGACAUUAGCAAAAAAGUUGGAGCUCCAACAAGCCCGUCGCGAUCACGACACGCAAAGCAGCUUUGGGGGUGUGUGCAAACAACCCAACCCCAAAAAAGUGAGAGCACAACCGCCCACUGCCAUGUUUGCCCGCAGCAGCGGCCGGGCGUUAGUCCGCGCCAUCGACGCAUCAUCUCAGACCUCGAUACCGAGCUUCCUGGCUCCCGCCCUUCACCGUCCCUUCUCCGCCUCGACGGCCAACCAGUCCAAGCUCGGCCGCACACCCAUAUCAAUACCGCCUGGCGUCGAGCUCACGGUCAGCGAGCCGUGGCUCAAGAAGGAUGCGACCAACUACAAGAAGAUCUACAAAAAGACCGUCACCGUCGAGGGUCCCCUCGGCAAGCAGAGUCUAGAGGUGCCUGCGUUCGUCAACUUCGACCAUGAUGCAGAGUCGAGGAAAACGAUGCUGAGCAUCGAAAACAGGGAGGAGAAGCACCAGCGCGAGAUGUGGGGCACAACAUGGGCAUACGUGCAACGGUACAUAAUAGGCGUCUCAGAAGGCCACACGGCCGUCCUGCGCAUGGUGGGAAUUGGAUACCGAGCCACCGUCGAAGACCGUCCCGAGAAGGAGGAAUACCCCGGCCAGAAGUUUGUGUGUCUCAAGCUCGGAUUCUCGCACCCCGUCGAGCUUGGAUUGCCACUCGGAAUGAAGGCCAGCACUCCCCAGCCGACGCGUGUCCUGCUCGAGGGCAUCAACAGGGAGGAGGUCAUGUCGUUCGCCGCAGAGUGCCGCAAGUGGCGUGUACCGGAACCGUACAAGGGCAAGGGUAUAUUUGUCAACGACGAAACCAUCAAACUGAAGCAGAAGAAGCGUCUGAUCCGAGAGCCUCCAUCUGACCUAAUUCUUGCCCAAAACCUCCUGGACAGCCUUCAGCACCUUGUCGUGCACAGCUGCUGGAGCGGCCACAACACCCUUGUUCUCGGCGAGGGUCCGGCCUUUGCUAAAGUCGAGCCUCCUACCCUCGGUGUCGGUAACCUGUCCACCGGCCUCACGCACGAUCAGGUCACCGGCAGCGUGAUCCCAGAUUUUCUCCUGGUAUGUCUUGCUCGUGGGCAGCCGGAGGUAGAUAUCACCGGCUCCGCGCGCAAUCGAGCCAUACUUGGCCUGCGAAUCCAUCCUGACGCUGGGGUUGGUGAUGCCCAACUUCUGCGCAAUCUGAGCCGCCUCUCCCUGAGACGAGUGGCCGGCCUCGACGCUCUCGCAAAAAGUCGCGCUCGCCAUGUCCGCCAGCGGCUUCAUCGAGAUCUUCUUGAUGGGAUCGGCCAAUCCACCCGUCGCCAGCGGCCGGCUGUUGGCGCCCUGGCCUUGGACGCCGGAGAAGAGGACGCCACGGCCUUCGUCGGUCGCGUUGGUUCCCAAGUCGGCGGUCAGCGGGGCGCUGUCGUCGACGGGCAGGUUUGGGCAGCCGAGGACGCCGACCUUGACGUCGCCGUCGACCAUCAGAGCCAAGCAGACGGCGUAUUGGCCGCCACGCAGGAAGCCCUUGGUGCCGUCAAUGGGGUCGAUGGCCCAUAUCCUGCCCUUAUCGCCGCCCUUGCUCUUGCCCCUGUCGAUCAGCUCCAGCAUCUCCUCGACACUGCCAAUGGCCCCGCCGAGGGUCUUUUCCGCCUGUUCGUCGCUCAGCUUCGUCGUGCUAACCAGCUCCCAGAUGGUUUUUUUGAGAGCCUCGUCCUCGCGCAAAGCAUCCGCCUCCUCCUCGGCGACGAUCUCAUCUUCGGGAAAGUUAGCCUUGAGGGCGGAGAUGAUAAGUGCCUGGGCUCCAAAGUCGCCGAUCGUGACGGGAGACUUGUCGUCCUUGGAGACGGUGCCCUUGGCUUUCUCAUUGAAGACGCGCUUGGUCAGGAUGGCGGCGCGCUGCACGGCCAGCUGCGCGACCUCAAGCUCCUUGGCAUAGGUGGCCAUCUUGAUUGUGGUGGAUUGAGUACGAAGAUGAUUGCCUAG